CGUCAGCGAGAAGGCAGCGACACUAGCUACAAGACAUUCAUUCCAUCCAUCAUGUUCAUCAUUGAUUGGUUCUGGGAUAUGCUCGCCUCGCUAGGGCUGGCCAACAAGCAUGCCAAGCUCCUCUUCCUAGGUCUCGAUAACGCAGGAAAGACCACUCUGCUUCACAUGCUCAAGAACGACCGUCUUGCCACGCUGCAACCAACCCUUCAUCCACACUCUGAAGAACUCGCUGUUGGCAACAACCGUUUCACAACAUUCGAUCUAGGUGGUCAUCAACAGGCUCGUCGUCUCUGGCGUGAUUAUUUCCCCGAAGUCUCAGGUGUCGUCUUUAUUGUCGAUUCUGCCGAUUUGGAGCGUCUACCUGAAGCGCAGGCUGAGCUGAAUGCUUUACUUGGUAUUGAGGAGUUGCAGAAAGUGCCCUUUUUGAUUUUGGGGAAUAAGAUUGAUGCGCCUGGCGCGGUGUCGGAGGAUGAACUCAGGAAUGCACUUGGGUUGUAUCAAACGACUGGCAAGGGUAAGCAACCACUGGAAAACAUCAGGGCCAUUGAGGUCUUCAUGUGCUCGGUUGUGAUGCGACAGGGUUACGGAGAUGGUAUCAGGUGGUUAUCCAACUACUGCAAUUAAAGAGAAGAGAAUCUCCGUAGUAUGAUGCUGUUCGCCUUAUGCCAUCCUUUCUGGUUCCUACUGUUAGUGAGUGACAUGACUUUACCUGUGAUGUGUGCUUCGAGUGGAAAGUUGACUGAUCAGCCUUGUUGCACUGUGGAUGGCGAACAAGAUAGCAGCGAUUAUGCACUGGCGAUAGAUUGAGGGUGAAGGACGAAGUUACAGAGUCAAAAUGUCACCGAAAGUA